AUGACUCAGCAAAUGCAGAAUCUGCAGUUAUCCCAGACCAGGAAGUGCCCUGGUGGGCCAGCCUCCCCCAAUGCGGCCAAGAGGCUCUACAGGAACCUUUCAGAGAAGUUUAGAGGAAGCACGUCAUCCUUCGAAGAUACUUACUUCUUCGGGAAGUCCGACCGCCUGCGGAAAGCCUCGACCAUGCAGGGCAGCGACUGCGUCUUUGAGGCGGUGGAGCAGCAGGACCUGGAUGCGGUGCAGAUCCUCCUGUACCAGUAUACAGCCGAGGAGCUGGACCUCAACACACCUAACAGCCAGGGCCUGACCCCGCUGGACAUCGCUAUCAUGACCAACAAUACGCCCAUCGCCAAACUGCUGCUCAAAGCCGGUGGCAAGGAGAGCCCGCACUUUGUGAGCGUGGAGAGUCGUGAGGCUCACCUGAGCUCCCUGGUGGUAGAGGCCGAGCGGCGGGCUGCAGAGCUGGCUGCUCAGGCCCAGAGGGAGGGGCUGUCCCUGGAGGCCUGCCACAAGGACAAGCAGCUCCGGGUCUGGGAGUGGAGGAGCAAGCUGUACAAACGCAUGAAGACUGGCUUUCAGCACACACGUGCUCCUGAAGCCCCGUCGAUGGUACGUCUGAGCGUGAGCAGUAGCAACUCGUUGACCAUCACCUUCCAGGAACCUCAUUGUCUCAACUCCACUGUGGUCACAAAGUACAGAGUUGAGUGGAGCUGUUUAAAAGAUUUCUCGCUUCUUGCUGGAGAGAUGGUGUUGGAUAACCUGCAGUCCCUCAAGUGUACCAUCAACAACCUUACCACGGGGCGUCUAUACUACGUGCGUGUAUCAGCCUAUAAUAUGAAGGGCUGGGGUCCACCUGCCUCCUCCCUGCCUCCCUCCGCUGCUCCCUCGAACUGGAGGGAGACUGAUGGUCGAGAGCCCCGCAGAAGAGGCUAUAUUGAGGCCAUGGAGCGGCUGCUGCAGCAGGUCCGCGCCACACACACGCACUACUGCUGCGGAGACUCUUCAAAGCUGCAGAAUCCCAGCAGAAAGCAGUCGGUGUCCCGAAGCCUCAAACAUCUCUUCAACUCCUCCAACAAGUUUGUGAAAACGCUCAAAAGGGGGAUCUACCUGGCCUCUGUGUUUUACCAUAAAGACAGUUUGCUGGUGACAACUGAGGACCAGAUCCCCAUUGUGGAGGUGGAUGACUCCUAUGGCAGCACCCUCAUGCAAGACUUCCUCUGGUUCACCAAGCUCUCAUGUAUGUGGGAGGACGUGCGGUGGUUGAGGCAGAGUAUGUCGGUGUCCAUGUCCUCGUCCUCUACUCUGCAAGCCAGACACAAGAUGCUGACGGCAGCCGGACAACUUCAGAACCUGCUGGGCACACACAAUUUGGGGCGGGUCCACUAUGAGCCAAUCAAGGACCGCCACGGCAAUGUGCUGUUGGUAACCAUCCGCGACAUGGAGAGCCAGUACUCCUUCUUCAGCGGGAAGUGGAUGCAGGUGACCAAGCUGCAGAGCCAGAGGAAGUCUCUGUCCACUCCCGAAGAGCCCUACGCACUGGACAUCCUCAUCAUCACCAUACAGGACAUCUUGGCAUACCAGCGACGGAGUGCACACCGGCUGGCCCCAGGCCUCUACCUUGGUUACCUGAAGCUCAGCAGCUCUGUAGACCAGAUUAAGGUCUUGGUGUCCCAGAGGACGCCGAACGUGCUCUGUCACGCCCGCAUACGAGACAACGCCAACGUCUCCAGGGAGGAGUGGGACUGGAUCCAGAAGCUUUCCAUCACAGAACAAGGGGAGAAGGAGAAGACGGAGGAGGAGAGCGAUGUGGCUGAGGGCGAGAGUGAGGCAGCAGACCAGAAGGCCGACAGCCACACCCCUUUGCUCUACUACGAGCUGCAGAGCGCCCUCAAAUCCCUGCUGAAGCUGAUCAACCUACCUCUGCAUCAGGCCAAGCACUUCCGUGUGUACAGCCAGGAGGUGCUGGAGCUGGGUCACGGCGUGUCCUUCCUCCUGCUGCUGCCGUCAGCCGACGAUGUGUGCACGGCGCCUGGCCAGGCCAACCCCUACACCCCCCUCUCCGGCUUCCUCCACCUCCCUCUCCAAAUGUUUGAACUGGUCCACUUCUGUGCCUACAAAGAGAAGUUCAUCAGUCUCUACUGCCGUCUGUCCUCCGUCCUGGACCUGGACGCCCUCAUUACCCAGCAGGCACUGCGGGAGGCCAUCACCGACAGCGAAGUGGCCGUCGCCAAACAGAGGCAUCAGCUCAUACUGGACUACAUACAGCAAAUGGACGAGAUGUGGCGAGAUCUUCGCUGGAUCACAGACGCCCUCCAGUACGCCCGCUACCGGCACCCUCGCGGCGGCGUGCCCAUCACCUGCCUGGUGGAUGCGAGUGCACAGGGGACCGACACGGGGCCACAAAAAACCGACUCGACCUCUUCAACCAUGGAUUAUCUGCCCACACCGUCGCCCUCACCUGAACUCCGCAGGAGGAAAGCCGUCAGUGACUGCCAGCUGGGUUCAGAUGAAGAUGGCUCCUCCGAGGUGUUCCUGCCCACAGACAGCGACUACGACUCCAGUGACGCCCUGAGCCCCCGAGAGAUGGACCUGCUCUAUUCUCCGCCGCAGGACCUUUCCCAGCAGGCUGUGCACUCGUUAGGCGGCAGCGCCCCAGACGUGCUGCAGAUCCAUGAGCUUCGGUACAGCGUCUGCCGACCCAAAGACCUCCCUCUCUCUCCCUCCCCAGCGGGGAAGAGCUCCCACUCCCCCUGUCUCUCUAAAGACCGACCUGUCUCUCCCUCUCUCCUUCCUCACUCUCCGUCUUCAACCAGAGACCUCCCUCUUUCCACCUCCACAGGCCUUCCACGCUCCCCGUCGCUGUCAAAAAAUCUCCCUCUCUCUCCCUCCCAACACCUCCCCCCUAGAUGUUCCAAAGAUGUGCCUCUCUCGCUCCCUCUCUCCCCGGCUCUGACGGACACCACCAAGACCCUGGAGGACCUCUCCCUCUCCAGGAACCACCAGGAGAGCAGACUGCCCUCCACACCUCUGAGGGCCCUGGCCAAUCCCCCGACCAAACGAAAGCUGCUCUCCAGGAGCCAUGGGGGCCAGUAUUUAGGGGGACCGCAGCGCUGGCUGAAGGGCCAAAGUGGCGAGAGCCACACCGGGUCCUUGUCUGAGGGCACAUACACCAGACACAGGGAUCCAGACCUGCCUUUGCCUGUAGAUCUGCCCUCCCCGCAGAGCACCACCACCUACAUCAGCCAAGCCUCUUGCGUGCUUGAAAGCCGCCGGGGCCGACACAGGGACCCCAGGCCCCACGUCCGCAGGAUCUUUGUGGAGCCCUGCAAGGAGGGCUCACCUGGCCAUGAGAGCAGGUGCUGGCGAGAGGGAAGUGAGGAAGAGGAGGUGGAGAAGGGUGAGGUGGUGCAAAGAGCGAAAGCAUUGGGGGUGUCUGUGGUGGUGGCAGAGGUGGAGUCUGAAGAAGAAAGGGAAGAGCCAGCGGGGGCCUCCGCCCAAGAUGUAGACUCAGAUGACCAAACCAAUGCACAAGUGUCAGAGAUCCUCAGUAGCACGCUGUGA